CCAGUACGCGUGCGCGUGCCCUCCUGGGGCGUGCUCGCGGCUAUAAGGGGCGGAGGCUGGGUGGCGUUGCUCCGCGCUCUGCGGCUGACGGCGCUUUUGUCUCCGGUGAGUUUUGUGGCGGGAAGCUUCUGCGCUGGUGCUUAGUAACCGACUUUCCUCCGGACUCCUGCACGACCUGCUCCUACAGCCGGCGAUCCACUCCCGGCUGUUCCCCCGGAGGGUCCAGAGGCCUUUCAGAAGGAGAAGGCAGCUCUGUUUCUCUGCAGAGGAGUAGGGUCCUUUCAGCCAUGAAGCAUGUGUUGAACCUCUACCUGUUAGGUGUGGUACUGACCCUACUCUCCAUCUUCGUUAGAGUGAUGGAGUCCCUAGAGGGCUUACUAGAGAGCCCAUCGCCUGGGACCUCCUGGACCACCAGAAGCCAACUAGCCAACACAGAGCCCACCAAGGGCCUUCCGGACCAUCCAUCCAGAAGCAUGUGAUAAGACCUCCUUCCGUACUGGCCAUAUUUUGGAACACUGACCUACACAUGUCCAGAUGGGAGUCCCAUUCCUAGCAGACAAGCUGAGCACCGUUGUAACCAGAGAACUAUUACUAGGCCUUGAAGAACCUGUCUAACUGGAUGCUCAUUGCCUGGGCAAGGCCUGUUUAGGCCGGUCACGGUGGCUCACGCCUGUAAUCCUAGCACUUUGGGAGGCUGAGGUGGGUGGAUCACCUGAGGUCAGGAGUUCGAGACCAGCCUCGCCAACAUGGCGAAACCCCAUCUCUACUAAAAAUACAAAAGUUAGCUGGGUGUGGUGGCAGAGGCCUGUAAUCCCAGCUCCUUGGGAGGCUGAGGCAGGAGAAUUGCUUGAACUCGGGGACGGAGGUUGCAGUGAGCCAAGAUCGCACUGCUGUACCCAGCCUGGGCCACAGAGCAAGACUCCAUCUCAAAAAAAAAAGAAAAGAAAAAGCCUGUUUAAUGCACAGGUGUGAGUGGAUUGCUUAUGGUUAUGAGAUAGGUUGAUCUCGCCCUUACCCCGGGGUCUGGUGUAUGCUGUGCUUUCCUCAGCAGCAUGGCUCUGACAUCUCUUAGAUGUCCCAACUUCAGCUGUUGGGAGAUGGUGAUAUUUUCAACCCUACUUCCUAAACAUCUGUCUGGGGUUCCUUUAGUCUUGAAUGUCUUAUGCUCAAUUAUUUGGUGUUGAGCCUCUCUUCCACAAGAGCUCCUCCAUGUUUGGAUAGCAGUUGAAGAGGUGUGUGGGUGGGCUGUUGGGAGUGAGGAUGGAGUGUUCAGUGCCCAUUUCUCAUUUUACAUUUUAAAGUCGUUCCUCCAACAUAGUGUGUAUUGGUCUGAAGAGGGUGGUGGGAUGCCAAAGCCUGCUCAAGUUAUGGACAUUGUGGCCACCAUGUGGCUUAAAUGAUUUUUUCUAACUAAUAAAGUGAAAUAUAUAUUUCUA